GUGUAUUACCUGCGGGAGGACGGCGGCGCGGCGGGCGAGAGCCGGGCGUGGCUGGAGACGUUCUUGCGCGACUUCCCGGCGAAGCUGCGGGAGCUGAACCUCAAGGCCGUCGAGGUGACGUACUUCACUUCGUUGUCCAGACAAGAGGAGUUUGAGGGAAACCCAAGAGCGUUGAUCCCGCUCUUCUCCAUCACGUACUUCCUGACGAUCACCUUUUCGAUUGUCUCUUGCCUGAGGCUGAGCUGUGUAAGAAAUAACGUCUGGCUUGCAUGCUGUGGAGUGCUUUCCUCUGGUUUAGCUGUAUUAAGCAGCUUUGGAUUGUUGAUGUACUGUGGAGUGCCGUUUGUGGCAACCGUAGCAACUGCUCCAUUUCUUAUUCUUGGAGUUGGUGUGGAUGACAUGUUUAUCAUGAUCUCUUCCUGGGAACAAAGCUCAAGCAAGGCAGACAAAUCAGACACUAAAUCUCGGCUGGCCGAGACUUACAGAGAAGCAGCGCUUUCUGUGACAAUCACCACUCUCACAGAUGUCUUGGCCUUCUUCAUUGGCACCUGGACUUCUUUUCCUUCUGUGAGGUCGUUCUGCCUCUAUACCGGGACCGCCUUUGUCUUCUGCUAUGUCUAUGUCAUUACCUUCUUUGGGGCAGUUAUCGCGUUAAAUCAUAAAAGGGUGAAAGGAAACCAACACUGGUUAACUUGUGUGCAAGUGAAAGUAGGAAAGAAAUCCUGCUUGUAUAACGCGUGUUGUUUAGGCAGCUGUUCUAGUGAGCCGCCUGAGCCAGAAACCGGUGAGACAGAAAGCGAGCAUCCCAUGAGCAUAUUCUUCAAAAAGUAUUACGGUCCUUUCUUGACAGGUAAAUGGAUCAAGCUUCUUGUGGUGUUGCUGUACGGAGCAUAUUUGGGUGGCAGUAUUUAUGGAUGCACCCAGGUGAAGGAGGGCAUAGAUCUUCGAAAUCUGGCUAGUGAUGACUCUUAUGUUAUUGCAUACUAUGACGACGAUGACAAAUACUUUUCAGAUUACGGACCCAGGGUCAUGGUUGUCGUUACUGACAGCGUAAACUACUGGGAUGAGUCUGUUCGUAAUGACAUUGAGGCUUGCGUACAGGAUUUAGAGAACAUUAACUAUGUAGACAGGAACCUCUCGCUGUCAUGGCUGAGAGUAUACACAGAAAUUGCUGGAAGUGGUUUAAUAAACAUAAACAGUAAGGAUCUUUUCAUUAAUAACUUACCUGUACUAUUCCAGUAUUUUCCCAGUUUUGAGUGGGAUAUUAACAAGACUGCGGAAGGAAUAGCAGCUUCUCGUUUCUUCAUCCAGACAGUGAAUGUCACCUCAGCCGUUGACGAGAAAAAUCUGCUAAAUCAGUUGAGAGACAGAGCCAAGCAGUGCGUAGUUCCACUCAUGGUGUACCAUCCAGCAUUCAUCUACUACGACCAGUACCUGGUAAUAGUGCAGAACACCAUUCAGAAUGUUGUCAUCGCUGCUGGGGCGAUGCUCGUUGUCUCUCUUGUGCUUAUUCCCAGCCCACUGUGUUGCUUGUGGGUGACUUUUGCUAUAGCUUCUGUUAUCGUUGGUGUUGCUGGUUUCAUGACAUUUUGGGACAUCAGCCUCGACUCCAUAUCCAUGAUUAACCUGGUCAUUUGCAUUGGAUUUUCUGUAGAUUUUUCUGCGCAUAUUUCCUAUGCCUUUGUUACGAGUGGAGAGUCAUCAGCCAAUGAAAAGGCAGUAGGAGCUCUGCACCAGCUUGGUUACCCAGUGUUACAAGGAGCAGUAUCUACUGUGUUAGGAGUGGUUGUCCUGGCUGCAGCAAAAACCUACAUCUUCAGAACGUUUUUUAAGAUCAUGUUUCUUGUUAUAUUGUUUGGGGCUCUUCAUGGUCUUGUGUUUAUUCCAGUAUUUCUAACCUUUUUUGGAUACUUGGGCAAAUCACUCCCCAUUACUGGAACUAAAACACCAGACCUUAAAUUCUUUAGCAAAUCUAGAAUUCAGUACGUUAGAUUCAGAAGUAAUAAAGACUGCCCAUAGUGUUAAUACAAGAUGUUACUUAUUUAUGCUGUGUAGAUUAAACUGCAGUGACUUCCAAAGAAUAUAAGAAAUGAAGGACUGGAAGGAUGGAAUAAUAAAUAUGACAGAAAGGCAAAGACUUAAGAAAAGCCAGGCAUUAAGUCACAAAAGAAGUGAGAGUGCACAGAAUGGAUUUACAUUUUGUAACUUUUUGUGUGCUUGACUUUUUUAACUUUAUUGGUGUUAAAAUUUCUUUUGUAAUUUAGUUACUGCAACACUCAAAGCCCUUAGAGAAGACAAAUUGAUGAACAUUUUACAUUCAGCUGCAUCUUUUCAAGAGUAACCAACAUGUAGCUUUAAGAAGAUUAAUGAGUUUCCAAAAGGAUAUGCUGUUGAUAGUUGGCCUUAUGUGGACCUCCUGAGUAACCAUUGCCGUAGAUAGUGUGCCAUCAGGAAGGACAGCCCAGAACCAUGUAGAAAUUAAAUUCUUGUCACACGGAUUAUGUGAAUUCCAGGUCUGACAAAGUAAUUUUCCAUGAGAUUGCUGUGCAGUUUUGCUGAGGGCAGCUCAGCAGAGUGUAUUCACCAGUCCCAGCACUGCCAGGCCAGCCAAGCAG